AUGGAGAAAAACUGCGCUUGUCAAACUUGCUGUGAAUUUAUUCACCCUGCACUUCAUGUGUCCAACAUUAAGAACCUCAUUCCUCUUGUUCUUCAUACCAAAAAUAUUUUAUAUAGUCGUUGGUCUACCCUUUUCCGUGUCACGGCCCGUGCCUACAAUGUUCUUGAUCACAUCGACUCCACCAUUCCUACUCCUUCACACAUUAUUACUGACACCACUCUUUGGGCUCGACUUGAUGCUGUCGUCCUCUCUUGGAUUUACGCCACUAUCUCCACUGAUUUACUCAUCACUCUUCUUGAUAAUAAUUUUACUACUGCCAUGGAUGCUUGGACAUGCCUCCGAGAUAUGUUUCAACAUAAGACUACCACCAUUCACAAGUGCUAUAAGAGAAGAAGGAACAACAAAAAUCUUGAAGGUGAUCAGAGUGACAAAGUGGAUUUGAUUAGCAGCUUACCUGAUGAUAUACUGGUAUACUUGCUAUCUUUUGUAGGAAUUAAAGCAGCAGCAAGAACUAGCCUUCUUUCGAAAAGGUGGAGACAUGUAUGGACUUAUAUCACGGACCUAGAUUUCGAAGAUCCUCCAAGGCUAGCCAUUGCAAUUACUAAGCCGUAUGAGAAUUCCGAAGCGGGUAAUUAUGCUGAUUGGGUUAACCAGGUUAUCAGAGCAAAUCAAGCUCAGUAUCUUAACACCUUCAGAAUGCAUUUUUCUAUUCCUUUUGGUGAUAAAAUAUAUGCUUCUAAUAUUGAUAAGUGGCUCGAAUUCGCCUGUACUAAAAAGGUUCGAAAUCUGGAGUUGCACAUGGGAACUCUUCCUACGAUCCCCAUUUUUAAGAACCCGACUUUUGUCUUGAAUACUAGUCUUGUAUCUCUUUACUUGACAAAGGUGGUUGUAGAUGGACCUCUGCUUCAAUGGGUUUUAUCUAAUUGUCUUAAACUUGGCCGCCUUAUGCUUCACUCGUGUAUGGCCACCGAUGAUGUUUUUGCUUCUUCCAAACGCCAAAAACUUGUUAUCUCAUCCCUUACACUCAAACACUUGGAGAUUUUUCAUAGCACCCGCCUUCUCAAUACUGAAUCAUUGCACAUUGUUGCUCCAAAUCUUGUUACUCUUUUAUUUAUUGAGUCUCCUACCGUUGAUUUGGAGUACGUUAGUGUUCCAUCACUUGUGGAUGCUGCUUUCGGAGGGAUAUAUUCUACUAAACUUUGCAACGGGAGUUUUCUAUCCGGUUUGUCUUCCCAACUUGAAAAACUCUCGCUGCAUUGGUUCAAGGGGAAGAAGGCAACGUAG